AUAUUGACAGAAUAUAUUCCCACACAAGUCAUGCUAGUCAUGCCUAGCGACACUUUAAACUUUCUUUAACCUUCACCGAACACCGAUCCGAGCACGAGAGGAUGGCACAACAGCUACGACCACAGGUGAAACCCAUUAAGCCAUUGGGGUCCACUAAACGAAGCGGUCUACGGGACAUUAUUGUUGGUGGCAAGUAUCGUCUGUUGAGUCCAAUAGGCAGUGGAUCCUUUGGAGAGCUAUACCGUGCCUCUGGUCUUCAGUGCGGCGAGGAGGUGGCUGUUAAACUAGAGAGCAGUUCCGUCAAGUACCCACAGCUGCCGCGCGAAGCAAAAAUAUACAAUAUACUUCGAGGUGGCGUUGGCUUUCCGCAUAUUCGUUAUUUCGGCACCGAGGGCAUAUAUAAUGUGCUGGUUCUAGAUUUAUUGGGUCCCACCUUAGAAGAUCUGCUAAACUUUUGUGCGCGAAACUUUAGCUUAAAGACUACACUGAUGCUGGCGGAUCAAAUACUGGCCCGUGUGGAGUACCUGCAUAUGAACUGUCUGUUGCAUCGAGAUAUCAAGCCAGAAAACUUUCUAAUGGGUUUAGGCAGUCAGCGAACUCGCGUUUUCAUGAUUGACUUUGGUUUGGCCAAAAAAUACUAUCGUCCCAGCACCCGUACACAUAUCAACUACUAUGAGCGUCAUGAGCUCAUAGGUACUGCUCGAUACGCUUCUGUACAUGCCCAUUAUGCGGAGCAGGGACGUCGUGAUGACUUGGAGUCCGUGGGCUAUCUGCUGCUCUACUUUUUGCGUGGUCGCCUUCCUUGGCAGGGCAUCAAUGCCGCGACACGAAUACAAAAGUACGAGAGAAUUGCCGAGAGCAAGUCAACGCUGCCAUUAAAUAUAUUAUGUUCGGGAGUGCCUACCGAAUUCUAUUUGUAUAUGAAGUACUGUCGCAGCCUACACUUUACCGAGCAGCCGGAUUACGUUUAUUUGCGGCAGCUAUUUAAGGUGUUGUUCCGAAAUCAUUUUCUGCUCUAUGACUAUCUCUAUGAUUGGGUGGACAUUAAUUUGGAGAUGGCGCAUAAUAAACGCAUAAUGCCACAGCAGCGGGGUAAAGAUCGAAAUCAAGAGGAGGAUGUGGAAGAAGUGCAGAAAUCGGAUUCGCGUCGUCAUGUCAAGAAAAAACGCCACCACGAACAAAAGCGACAGAAACAGUAGUCAGAGCAUCUGGUAGAGCAAUGCGUUAUCCGUUAAUUGACUGCACCUUAACUAUAUUUGGCAUGCAUUUAUCAUUUUUAUGUGUUUGUAAGAAUAUUAAUGUAGGUGUAAGUGUGGGAGUGUAUAUCCUUUGUUCUUCAAAUCAAUUCCCUAUGGCAUAAUUGUUCCAGCCACACUAAACCGAGUAACUUUUUAGCUUACUAACGAGAGAGGGGCUAAAGCUUAUCAAGCAGAAAAUCAAUAGCUUUUGUAUUUAAAACCAAUUUAAAUUAAAUGAAGCUGGUUCACUUUGAUAAGGAAAGGGCUAUCUCUGGAUUACAAUUUGGUUUAAUAUAAGUUCAGUUGUAAUAUACUAUGUAUUUCGCUAUGUUAAAAAAUGUUAAUAAAACAACU